AUGGGGCGGGACGGGGUGACCACGGGCCUGGACUUCGGCGGCAAGGUGAACGUCAUCCGCCUGUCUGGUCUUGGGAACCUCACCCUCGACUCAUUGGCCCUGGACAACCUGUUCCCCGGGGAUGAGGAGUCCAUGAGGGGCCUCAAGGGCAUGUCGUACUACACGUUUGGGAUGUACCCCGUGAUCUGGCCCCGCGAGGACCGGCGGCUGUAUCUCGUGCGCUGCACCAUGGGCGUGCCCACCCAGGCAGAGAUUGAGCGGCUGAAGUUCUUCUUUUCGAUUUUCAACUCGGCCGACCCUGAGCUCCAGAAACAGGCGGCCUGGAUGCGCAGCGGUGGGACGCCCGCGCCCGCACCGCCUGCGCCGCGCCGCCUGAUAAGCCUCGCCCUGCUGGCGGCGUUCCGGCUGGCCGGGUCGCGCCGCGCGACAGUUUCUGAGCUGGCUGUGGACCAGCGGCCGGGGCUGCAGAUUGUCAUGUUUGUGUACAAGGCCAUGGCCAUGAAAGACACAUACAUCCAGGCCGCCAACGUGGUCGCGCCCCGCGUGCGCUUCAACGCCUCAAGCAACAUCUUCACGGCGGCGGAGCAGGCGGCGGAGGCGGCGGGCAGCCCGCUGCACGUGCCGCCGAUCGCGGGCAUUCUCAAGGGGCCAGAAGAUCUGCUGGUGGGCG